AUGGAUUUGCGUAUCCUGCAGGGGGCUGAGAAAUUGCGACAAGUCACAGAGCUCCUGGACUCUCUUGAAAAAGACAUAAAAGAUAACUCCUUGAACUCCGCGCAAAAGACCCAGAUCCUCUUACAGCUGAGGCAGCAUGGCACGAGUCCAGACAACGCAGGUCCAAUCUACUCGAAAAGGGGCAUCGACAUUCUAUCAAAGUAUGGUGUUGAUGGGGAGACGACAGACGUCCGCCAUGCCGCCUUACGCUGCGUCGCAAAUGCUCUCUUGUUAGAUUCAAACAUGCGCCAGUUGUUCGUAGACACUGGCAGGGGUGGAAAAUUAGCGGAAAUGCUCAAGUGUGACUCUUCCGAGCAUGAAAUGGUCAUCAGUCGGAUACUCUUCCUCUCGACCUACGACACUAAUCAGAACUUUGACGACCUAAUCAACAAUCACGCUUUGGGCGAUAAUAUCAACUAUCAAAUACUCCGACACUCUAAGCAAUUCCCCAAAUCCGGCAGAAAGCCCUUGUCACAAGUCGACGAACUAGCUUUCAUCGACACAUUGAAGCUAGUCUUCAACGUGGCGAAGCUCUUCCAGGAUCUAGCACCAACCUUCUCACCGUCAAUUCCAUACAUCUUCAAGAUUAUCAGCCGUAUCGACAUCCCUCUAAAGCCCUUGGACGGCCUCCUCGGCACGCUACUAAACUGCCUCUCAACACUCGACCUCGAAAACAAGAACAAGAAGUCCUACGAUGGCAACCCGCUCUUCCCAACCUUCAACCAAAACUGUAACGUCGACAAGUUGAUCAAUAUCCUAGACCAAGCAGUUUCAGCAUACGAACCGUCAGAGCUCGAAACAAAAGCCAUCCCUCUCUUCCACACCCUCGUCACAAUUCACGAGGUGGCGCCAGACGGGCCCCGCAAGUACAUGCAAUGGCUCCUCCUACCCGACGACAAUGACCGGAACCGGCCAAUCGGGCAAUCCGACACUUUGUCCUCCAAGCUGCUCAAGCUCUCGACGAUGCCGUACGCGAAUCUCAAGAUCGCAAUCUCCGAGCUCAUGUUUGUUCUCUCCGGCAAGAACGCUGAGAGUCUAACGAAGAACAUCGGCUACGGCUUUGCUGCGGGGCUUCUUGCUUCGCGGGGCAUUGAUAUCCCGAAGUCGGCGGGUGAGGCGUUCGCCACGAAUGCUGAGAGCCUGGAUCCAGCCAUUAACCCUAUUACCGGACAAAGAUGGGCUGCGGAAAAGGAAGAUACCGGCCCGCCCAUGACAAAGGAGGAGAAGGAGAGAGAGGCCGAGAGGCUCUUUGUGCUGUUUGAAAGGGCCAAAGCAAACGGUAUCCUUGGAGUCGAGAACCCAGUCACACAGGCUCUAAGAGAAGGAAGAUUUGAGGAAUUGUCUGAUUCAGAUAGUGAUUGA